UAUCAAUGUUUCCUCUGUNGAGAAAAAAGAUGCAGUGUACAAUACUACCUUUGCUUUUAUGCAUACACAUUCUAUAAUUGAUACUUUGAAAGAAGAUAAUGAAGUACACACUCACAUGAAGGAAAUAAAUACAUUUUAUGAUAUUUAUGGAAGUCCAGAACAAGUUCGUAGUAAUAAUACAGAUAUAGAUUCAGAUUACACUACUUCAACGUUGAGCAUGCCAAAUGAAAAUUCAUGUGGCAAUAAAGAUUUAUUAGACUUGGAUACUGAUAAUACAUCAUUGUCUUUUAACAACGGACAACAAAAUGAUAAAGCCACUGAAAUUGUAGAAACAGAAAAUGUACAUCUGUCUUCUUCAUUUAUUACAAAUCUCAGUAGUGAUAAAGAAGAAACCGACAAAGAAAGCGUGAUAAUACUGCUACUACGGACUAUGAAACACAUAAUAGCGAUUAUAGUUUAGAUGAUUCAGAAGUAGAGAAUAGUAAACAUUCAAGAUCAUUUGUUAACGAUAUUAAUACUACUACAUUUUAUAAUUCUUCAGCUAAUAACACAACAGAAACUUCUUUUGAUACAUUUCUAAUACUUAAUGUAGAAGGAUUUUCUGCAUGUGAUGAUACUAAUAUGUUUGUUGAAACAUNGCGUGGUCCUAAAGGUCAAGGUAAAACUAAUUUUUGUUUUUUUUGUAACAAAAUGCAAACAAAGAUAGUUCGACACUUAGAAACAGUACAUAAGGAUGAAGAAGACGUAAAAAAGUUUAAAUUUCUUCCUAAAGGCAAUAGCGAGAGAAGACAUAUCAUAGAUUGUUUGCAAAAAAAGGAAACCUUUGUAUAUAACGUAGAUCCUAGAUUUAAUGCUGGAAAUGUUAUACCAUGUAGACGACCGCGUAAAAAUCUAAAACGUACUGCUGUAGAUUUUGCACCAUGUGCCAAGUGUAAAGGCUACUUUGCCAAAAGCAGUUUUAGAUAUCAUUUUAGACAUUGUCAUGUAAAACAGGGACGAACUGUAAGAUCAACUUUAGCUUUGGCACGUAAAGUUGUCGGUCACAUUCAUAAAGAUGCAUGUCAACAAUUAAGAGAACAUAUUUUU